AUGGGAAAAUCCUCAAAGGAUAAGCGGGAUGCUUACUACAGACUCGCGAAAGAGCAAGGAUGGAGAGCUCGAAGUGCUUUCAAAUUACUACAACUUGAUGAAGGCAUUGAACCCCACUACACUGCUGCAUUUGGUCGAGCAGCAUGGGAAGAUAAGGAGGCAAGAAUGCGGCAAAACAUACUUGGAAUUGCAACUCAGCCUAUAUCAGAGGAGCAGCAGACGACAGGUGUGUCCGAAUUGAAACCAAAAAAGGAUGUCAAAAUUGUGGCUAUCGAUUUACAACCCAUGAGUCCUUUACAAGGAAUCAUAACACUCCGAGCAGAUAUUACACAUCCGGCUACAGUUCCAUUACUUCUAAAUGCUCUCGAUUCGUCAUAUGAUCCGAAAUCCCUCUCUCAACAAGCCUCCAACCCAGUGGAUCUCGUUAUCAGUGAUGGUGCUCCUGAUGUUACUGGUCUCCAUGAUCUAGACAUUUAUGUUCAAUCACAAUUACUUUUUGCGGCUUUAAAUCUUGCACUUUGUGUCCUUCGUCCAGGUGGAAAAUUUGUUGCGAAGAUUUUCCGGGGCAGAAAUGUUGAUCUUCUCUUCGCACAAUUGAAAAUAUUCUUUGAGCGAGUGGUUGUUGCAAAACCAAGAUCAAGUCGUGCAAGCAGUGUAGAAGCUUUCAUUGUCUGUCUAAAUUUCCAACCUCCGGAGGGAUUCAAAGCUAGUAUGGAAGAUCCAAUGGGUGUUGGAGAUAGAUUAUCCAAGAUGGUGGAUACAGUUGUUAGUCAAGAGCCAAUAGUUUCACCUACCCACUCACAAAAUCCUGAAGAUGGGACUUGGUCGGAAACUCAAAUCAAGACAAUGACACUAAGAGAAGAUGGAAUAUGGGAAGUUAAACUUCCUACUGAUGAAGCCAAGUCUCGAAAAUCGGGAAGAUGGAUAGCUCCAUUUUUGGCAUGUGGAGAUUUAUCUGGUUAUGACGCUGAUGCUUCAUAUCAUUUACCAAAGGAUCGAAUUACACUUGAUCCAGUACAACCUCCAACAGCACCUCCAUACAAGAGAGCUCUUGAGAUGAGAAAGGCUGCAGGCGGAGCAUAUGGAAAAACUACCACAGGAUAA